AUUAUCAGAUAAGCAAUAUAAAAAGCAGAAUAUAAAUUUAGCGCUAAGCUAAUGUUAAUCAUUAUGAAAAGACUUAUUUUAUAGUAAAAUGGUGAUCCUCCAAAGUCUCCUUUUUUUGUGCUUUAUGGGAAGUUUUUAUAAUAGUAUAAAUUCUUAUUAUUCAAUUUUUGUGCAAAGUAGUAGUAUAGAGACCAAUAUUAAUAGUACAAAUAAUUUUAAUACAAAAUACGAACCUACUUGGAAAAGUUUAGAUAGUCGACCUUUGCCAACUUGGUUCGAUGAUGCAAAAUUUGGUAUUUUCAUUCAUUGGGGAGUUUUUAGUGUUCCAAGCUUUGGUAGCGAAUGGUUUUGGAUAAAUUGGAAAAAUGGAAAUUCUAAAUAUGAAAGAUUUAUGAAAAACCAUUAUAAACCAAAUUUCACUUAUCAAGAGUUUGCUAAUGAUUUUACAGCCGAGUUUUUUAAUGCUACAAAAUGGAGCGAACUGUUUGAAGCAUCUGGUGCAAAAUACGUUGUUAUUACGAGUAAACAUCACGAGGGCUACACACUGUGGCCCUCUAAAUAUUCUUUUAGUUGGAAUUCUCUUGACGUAGGACCUCGUAAAGAUUUAAUUGGUGAAUUAUCAACAGCCAUAAAAAAACAUACAAAUCUAAAAUUUGGUCUUUACCAUUCUUUAUUUGAGUGGUUCAACCCACUCUAUUUACAAGACAAAAAGAAUAAUUUUUCUACAGACUUUUUUGUUACAAAUAAAAUUAUACCAGAAAUGAAAGAAAUGAUUGAGUUAUAUGAGCCGCAAAUAUUGUGGUCUGAUGGCGAUUGGGAAGCAACAGCAGAAUACUGGAAGUCACAAGAAUUUUUAGCCUGGCUUUACAAUGAAAGUCCAGUUAAAGAUAGUGUCGUUACUAAUGAUCGUUGGGGGAUAAAUAUUGGAUGCAAACAUGGAGACUUUUACAACUGUCAAGAUCGUUACAAUCCUGGUGUUCUACAGAAGCAUAAAUGGGAAAAUGCUAUGACUAUCGAUCGAAAAUCUUGGGGCUUUCGUAGGAAUGCGCCAUUAGAAGAUUACUUUAGUCUUAAAGAGCUUAUUAAAGAAUUGGUCAUUACCGUAAGUACUGGAGGAAAUUUGCUGAUGAAUGUCGGACCUACAAAGGAUGGCAUUAUAUCACCGAUAUUUGAAGAAAGAUUACGUGACAUGGGUCGAUGGUUAAAAAUUAAUGGCAAAGCCAUUUAUGAAAGUAGGCCAUGGAUAUUACAGAAUGAUACCGUAGCAAAAGAUGUUUGGUAUACACAUGGUAAAACUGGUGCCCUUUACGCCACGUUACUUUCUUGGCCUACAAAUAAUACAGUGACAUUAUCUAACAUUCUAAAAAUGACCGAUAAGACAAAGAUAUCUCUUUUAAAUUCUAACGAGCUCAUUAAAUGGAGAAAUAGAGAAAAAUAUAUUGACAUUUAUUUGCCAUCAAUAGAUAAUAAAGGAGAACCAGCAUGGGUACUUGAAAUUACAAAUUUCCAUUAUUAAAAUCAUCAAACACUUACAAACUCACGCAAUUUAUUAUUAG